UUAUCGGGCACCGAGUACUACAUUAGUGACCGCCUGCCACAGUCGGCACCGGCGGGCCGCAGCGACACCACCACCUCCUCCCGCGCCGCGCCUCGCCGCCGCCGCCCUCGCCGCCACACACACUCCAGAUUUGAUCACCAAACUUUGGCUAAACUUGGUGGAGAGUGAGUGUUUGGGGCGUGUGGUCAACAACACACCACCAACCUACAACCGCCGUCGCCGCCGCUGUCGCUGCCACCGCCGCUUCCGCCGCGCCCGGAGGCCGCGCUCGCCGCCUGCCGCCGCUCCCGCCGCCAGCGAGCCGUAGGGCUGUGUGAGGCACGGAGGGCGACAUGCUGGAGUUGAACCAGCCGCCGGCCACCAGUAGCGCGAGCGGCAUGCUGUCCUUCCUGUCCAACAUGGAGGGCCGCGGCGGGCUGGUGCUCAACCCGCCGCUGGCCGCUCUCCACACCAUGACAGACAUGAAAACGCUGUACGCGCAGCAGCCCGUCAAGUCACUCUCGCCACAGUCUCCGCCACAGCUGUCCCCGCAGGGCAUGUCCCCGCAGGAGCUGGCCGCCUCCUACUCCACUGCAGCCAGCACGGCCGCCUCGUCCUCCACUACCACGCCCGCCACGCCCCACAACAUCGAGAACAUCCUCAGCCGCCCCAACCCACAGAUGCACACGUCCGGCCUAUGCGGCAUGGGUCAAAUGGGCGGUAUGGGCGGCCUGGGGCGGCUCAGCGGCUCCAUGAGUCUGUACGGCGGCCUGGCGGGGAAGAUGGCAGACCUGGCACGCCCGACCACCAUCUACUGGCCGGGCGUGCAGGGCAUGCUGCAGAACCCGCUGUUUUGGCGCGAGAGGAUACAGUCCAACAACCCAUUGGGUCUGCCAGUUUCCCUAGACAAGGACGGCAAGAAGAAACACACGCGCCCGACCUUCAGUGGACAGCAAAUCUUCGCCCUUGAGAAGACGUUUGAGCAGACCAAGUACUUAGCUGGCCCAGAGAGAGCUAAGCUGGCGUACGCUCUGGGCAUGACUGAAUCCCAAGUGAAGGUGUGGUUCCAGAACAGGCGCACCAAGUGGAGGAAGCGUCACGCAGCGGAGAUGGCCACGGCCAAGCGGAAGCAGGAGGAGGCGGUGGACGGCUACGGUGACGAGGACCAGGAGGAGGAGGGCGAGGAGUCCCAGCAGGGCGGCCAGCAGGAGGUGAAACGCGGCAAGCACGCCAACUCCCCGCAUGAGGACAGCGCGGCAGCAGCAGCAGCAGCAGCAGCAGCAGUAGCAGCAGUAAGCGGCGCAGGGGUGGCCGGAGCGCAGCAGGCACAGCAGACCACACAGCACCUCUUACACCAACAGGAGGCCACAGCAGCUGCAGCGGCCGCAGCAGCCGCAGCAGCUGCCGCCGCCGCGGCCGCCGCUGCCGCUGGGGGCGUGCAGCAGACGUCCUCACAGCCGACCGUGCAGCAGUCACCCCCACACCUGGCUCCCCUCAGCCUCUCCCCCAUCGACUGUCCCCCACGCGAGCUCCAGUGAAUCCUGACGCCCCUCCUUCCACUCACCGAGACCUCCACCACUCCCGCCACCCUCCACCGCCACCCUCCUCCUCCACCGCCCUCAUCAUCUCCACGAGUCUCCAGCGACCUCCAUCAUCUCCACCACCUUCACCGUCUUCAUCACCAUCAACACCCGCACCGCCACGCCCCGCUGCCCCUCCGUCGGUUCCUAGACCCAGCCCCGCCUUGGGUCCCUCCUUAGGGUAUAUCUCCCCCUCUCCCCUCUCCCCUCUCACCUCUCACCUCUCCCCGCCAAGUGACUGUCUUUGUGUAGCACGUUUCCCCUCUCCCUCUCUCUCUCACUGAAAGGUUGUGAUUCUCAGAUUUGGACUGUCAUCCACUCUCUCUCUCUCUCUCUCUCUCUCUCUCUCUCUCUCUCUCUCUCUCUC